UGCUGUCAAACAUGGCGUGAUGCAUGGGUACAAAUAAAGUCGAGUGUACACGGCAAACCUGACAGCAGGUAAACAACCAGCCAGUCCCUGCGGUGAGCCCUGCCCCGCACCUUAUGGGAUUUCUCUACAUGUGCAUGAUAUUCUGUACCACAUCUCUUGACGACCUUUGAAGUUGAGAUUAUUCAUGUGUGAAGGUUUCACUCAAAGUUUCUCUUGUCUUCCUACCAUUCUCAGUAGCAUUAGUUGUAGGUUGCAGGUGCACAUGCUAGCUUCUUUGUCCGUCCCUCUGUAGUCAGCAUGGACUGACUGUCAAAACAGGUCAGGUUUAAGGUGAGGACAGAGGAAUCAGGGGAAGUUACUACAGCUGAUACCGUGCUUGCAUAUAGCAUCAUUCAGUAUGAUUUUCAUAAAUAUGUGAUUACAUAAUAACACAAUAACCAGCUAUUAUCACUUAUUUUACAAAACAGCUAGCACAUAAUAAAUUUUUAAUUAAUAUAUAUUUAAAUUUAGAUAUAGUGAUUACACUGUUUGAUAACCUAUUGGUUGUAAAAAUAAAAUAAAUGAAAAUCUACUUAAAAUGUUUCUUAACGGCUGCCGUACUAUGCGCGCACAAUUUGGUGUUGCUAUGCAACCGCAACCGCGUCGCCUCGUUGGGUGUCAUCAUGGCUGGAAGAAGUUCUGAUAAAAAGCUCGUCACCGUCGUUCCGCAGGUGAAGAAACGCCCGUCCUCCACCAGUAAGACUGAGAGGUCCAAGAAGGUUGAAUUAAGGCCACAGGCAAAAUCUGCCAGUGGUCCAUCACAGAAGCUCACAGACGACCUUUUUGCUAAAGAAGAGCAAUACAAACAAAUAAAUGCAGAGUUGGAAGCCAAAACAACAGAGAUAGUGAGGCAGGCAGAACAACUUAUGAGAGAACAGAGUGAUGUUCUGUCAAAGCCCUUAUCGAAGGUCCUGCUCACAGAUACUGAAGAUGAAGAAGAUUCCAGGAUGACAAAGCAUCACUAUGGCUCUGUGCAGGAAGCUGGUGUGAAGGUGGCGACCAAAAAAAGAGUCACAUCAACAUCACAAAAGAUGCGCACUGCAAAACAGGGAAAGGAAACCUUAGAUGUGUCUCACGUGGAAGAUUUUGCAGCCGUUGAAGAUUCAGCUGAGCUUUUCUUGGCAAAAACGAUCCGUAGCAUGGAGGAGAAGAUGAACGAUGCUGCUGCUCAUGAAAAUGUUGUGGAUGAUCUGUCUAAUAUUGGAGAAAAUGUAGGAUCAGGCAUUGCUGAUGCUCAAAUACGAGUUCUCAAGGCAAAACUGCGAAUUAUGCAAGAGGAACUGGAUCAAAUAACCUGUGAAUACUAUAAGAAGGAUGAUGAAAAUGUGAAGCUUAGUGCAAAAAUUAAGGAACUUGAGGAGGAACGAGCCAGACUGCAGAGGACCACGAGCGUCCAGCAAACGCAGAUUGAGAAGCACAGAGCUUUAGCUGAAGAGUCCACCAAGAAAUGUGAUGGUCUUCAGCUGCAAGUGUCUGGUUUGCACAAGGAAAUAGAAAAUCUGAAUAGAGCUCACAAACAAGCAGCAGCUGUCCACGGCACUGUGGAGGUUCGCUUAAACAGAGCUCUGGAGGAGGUGGAAAAGCUGAAGACUCAACUGAACAAGAUGAAGCAGGUGAACAAGGACAAGAUAAGUGAGGAGCACCAGAGCAAAGAAAAUCUACUUGCUGAAAACAAAAUGCUAAAAAAACAGAAAGCUGAACUCAUUGUGGGUUUCAAGAAACAACUCAAGCUCAUUGACAUCCUCAAAAGACAAAAGAUGCACUUUGAAGCUGCCAAGCUCUUGUCCUUCACAGAAGAGGAGUUCAUGAAUGCUCUAGACUGGGGGAAGACAUAAACAUAAGUCUCUCAGAGUUUGAUUCAGAUAUAUUUCAAAAGUGUGUUUUGGAUUCAGGGGGGAU